AUGAGUGAACAUGUAUAUUCGUCCGACAUUGUUUCUGGAUAUGGACAAGCUCAAUAUCCUAAACCACAAAAUGAAAAUCAAUCGUAUUUUACAUAUUCUCCUUCACUUUUGAACACAUUUUCUCCUAAUACUAAUUAUAUUAAUAAUAUAUGUACAAAUACACCCACACAAAAUGUUAUUCGCAAUCAGAAUAGUUGUCUUAAUUAUCAAGAUCAAGUGGAUAUGCCAAAUUGGGACAACAGAAUAUUACCGGACUUGGAAAAAGUUAUUAAAUUACCAGAUAUGAUUGAAAUAUCCAGUAAAGAUUUGAGCCCUGUCAGUUAUUGCAGUAAUAUCGACUUUUUAGUACCUGAACUGUAUAAAACAGUAAGUAAGGAUAUGAAUUUAUAUAAGUAUGAAAAUCAAAGUUACUAUAACCAAAAUAACAUCGCUCAAAGGAAUUAUGAUUAUCCGACUUGUGUUCAAUAUGAUAAAUCUGCGAAAUAUUCCACUCUGAAAAGCUAUGACGAACCUUUAUUAAAAAGUUGUAGUUUUAAUACAGAGAAUAAUUUUUUGGAAAACGAAUUUAAUACCAAAAGUGUAAAUCAGAAAACCACAAACUAUGAUACAUAUUAUGAUUAUAAUACAUAUAAUUAUUAUGAUAGAGUUCAAGAAAAUGCGUUACCAAUACAAAGUGAUUUAUUUAGUAGUACAAACAUUCAUUUUGAUGGGAUAAUCAAUAAUAUUGAUCAACAAACUGAAGAUUCGAAUGAAGAUAGUGAUAUCGUAGUUGAAGAAUCCGAUGACGAACAAGCCAGUUGCGAAGAUCCUGAUAAGGGAGAUCCAUAUUCAAAGAUGAAUAAGUGCCUUAUAUGUAAUGUAACUUACAAACCGUUUGGAAUCCAAUUUUAUUUUUUAACUACUAAAAGUCCACUUACAAUGUCUUCACAAGUGCCUGUUAUUUAUAAAAUUAUAGAACUAGUAGGGAAAAUAAGUACUACAAGAAACUAUUUGUGUAGUGAGUGUUUGGGACUUUUGAACACAAUCGAUCAUUUACAAAUUAAAGUUGAUACUUUUAACACAGAAUUUAUUGCAAAAUAUAAAAAAACUUGCAUUGAUAACAGUAACGAAUAUACACAAAAAAGUUUUGUAAAAAUGGCAGAUUACAAGAACCAUAAAAUAACACACAGUACUGACAAGAAAUAUGCGUGUACAAAAUGCGAAAACAGUUAUAAGAGUCUGUACAACUUGAGGUUCCACAUGAAAAGCCACAAUAAAGAAUUACCGUAUGUGUGUCCUAUUUGCAAAAAGGGUUUUAUGAGAAAAGAAUAUUUCGAAGCACAUGUCAACAAACAUAAUGGUAUUAAGAAAUAUGGAUGCACUGUGUGUCAAAAAAAAUUCCCAUCUCAGAAAAAUCUGGAUUCUCAUAUGAAAAUCCACGAAAAUUUGAAAAAAUUGCCAUGUAAUAUUUGCGGGAAACUAUUGCCGAGUGAAUAUAAAUUGAAAGAUCAUAUUAGGAUACAUACCAAUUUAAAGGAAUUUGAAUGUGAUCAGUGUGAUUUGAAAUUUAAUUUAAGAGAUUCGUUGCGAAAACAUGUUCGUAAAAAACAUGAAAUAAUCAAGUGA